AGGAGGAGGAGGAGGAGGUGAAGGAGGAUGGGCUGCGGGGGGAGCCGCGCCGAUGCCAUCGAGCCCCGCUACUACGAGAGCUGGACCCGAGAGACCGAAUCCACCUGGCUGACUAACACUGACACAGACCUACAGCUCUCGGCUACCGCUACAGCCGCUGGGCUCAGCCCGGGUGAACCGGACAGCGGCCCAGAGGCGGGCGGCCUGCGGGAACAGGGCUCCCUGUAUGCGGGCAUGUUGGAAGAUGGACUAUCACCUUAGACCUAUGUCCCCCUGUCUUGAUCAGCAAGUGGAAUCAUGAACCCUGAGAAGACUACCACCUGUGGCACUCAGUGUACCAGCCCCCCAGGUCACAAUGCGGGUACUUUCAGCCAGAAACAGGAUGGUUUUCAGACUGCAGAGGUGAAAAAAGAACACAAGCAGAUGCCAGCAAGAGAAGUCACCAUCAGUGUUACCCAAAGCAUCCGACAAAUGGCCAGAUAUAGAAGAAUUAUGAAGAACUGA